AUGUCGUCGGCUCUCAACGCGAUUCGUCGCAAGAAGAAUGUCAAGAAGGGAAUUCAGUUCUGUCUGAUGGUGUGCGGCGCCAGUGGAACUGGGCGCACAACCUUCGUGAACACCCUUUGUGGCAAGCAAGUUCUGGAAGGCAAGGAUGCCGAUGAUGCGGCCAAUGCUCACCUCGAGGAGGGCGUUCGUAUCAAGCCUGUCACUGUCGAGCUCGAAUUGGACGAGGAAGGCACCCGCAUCUCCCUGACCAUUGUCGAUACCCCCGGUUUUGGUGACCAGAUUGACAACGAAGCCAGGCAUGUCACCCGCCAGAGUGGCUCCCCCCCCCCCAUGACCUUGGCUAACAUCAUACCCGAUAGCUUUGGCGAGAUUGUUGGUUACCUCGAGCGCCAAUACGAUGAUAUUCUUGCGGAGGAAUCGCGGAUCAAGCGUAACCCCCGCUUCAGGGACAACCGAGUGCAUGUGCUGCUGUAUUUCAUCACGCCCACCGGCCACGGCCUGCGCGAACUCGACAUCGAAUUGAUGAAGCGCCUCUCCCCCCGUGUGAACGUGAUCCCCGUCAUUGGAAAGGCCGACUCUCUCACCCCCGCAGAAUUGGCCGAGUCGAAGAAGCUGAUCAUGGAGGACAUUGAACACUACCGCAUCCCCGUCUACAACUUCCCCUACGAUAUUGAAGAGGAUGAUGAGGACACCGUGGAGGAGAAUGCCGAGCUUCGUGGACUGAUGCCUUUCGCUAUCGUGGGUUCGGAGGACUUUGUGGAGAUUGAGAACCGAAAAGUGCGCGCCCGACAGUACCCGUGGGGUGUGGUCGAGGUCGAGAACCCCCGGCACUCCGACUUCCUGGCUAUUCGCAGCGCUCUCCUUCACAGCCACCUGGCCGACCUGAAGGAGAUUACCCAUGACUUCCUCUACGAAAACUACCGUACCGAGAAGCUCAGUAAGAGCGUGGAUGGUGCUACUCCGCCCCAAGACUCGACCAUGAACCCCGAGGAUCUGGCCUCGCAAUCCGUGCGUCUCAAGGAAGAGCAGCUCCGCCGCGAGGAGGACAAGCUGCGCGAAAUCGAACUCAAGGUGCAGCGCGAAAUUGCCGAGAAGCGGCAGGAGCUGUUGGCUCGCGAGAGCCAGCUCCGAGAAAUCGAGGCUCGCAUGGCGCGCGAGGCAAGCCAGGGCAAUGUCAGCGAAGCCAAUGGAGAAGCCUAG